UUUGAUCCAAUGGUUGGAAAUGGCUAUGACCAAUGUAUAGUAAGGAGGUUUAGGCCACUUGUGGACUUAGCAAAAAUCAGAAAAUCACUCACUCUUCCUUCUCUCUUGGCCGUGCUUCAUCUCUUCCAUUCCCUAACCAUCACAAAAUUUCAAUCCUCCAUCAAAUCAUUCCAUUUCAAGCUUGGAAGCUCUUUGGAACCUAGACUUGCUAAGGGAAUCACUUCACUUAAGGAAGCGAGAAAGCGUAGAAUAGUGCGAGAACGUAUUUGUUUGGAAGCUUGCCGAGUUGGUGACCCUUGCUUUGUAUGUGAUAAAUGAACGGGUUAUCCCCCACCUUAGAUGACGGAGAGCCUAGCGAGACUGUGAGUCAUGUGGAUGGCGAGGACUUCGUGGACUAUCCCGGAGUGUAGAGAGUAGCGCUUGUUAGGCUACAUUUUGGUUAGGCUUAGGGCCUAGUU